AAAAAGAAAAAGACAGAGAAAAAGGAGCUUGACUCUUUGAGGGCCAUGUUAUCUGCAAAGGGUUUUGUCUUCUUGUUAUUUUGUAUAUCAAUAAGCAAUUUCGCACACAGAAAAGCUAGUAAUAGCAUUUGCUUCGAGAUGAGCAAAAUCCACUUGUGGGUUCUGACAUACUAUCAUCAAUAAUCAAUUCGUCUUGAGUUCAAUAGGAGUUGGAUAACAUGGCGUCUCAAUCAGAUUCUCCACCCAACUCCGUAAACGAGAAUACCCAGAAUCCAGCAACAGCUUCGCAACCAGCAGCUGAAAAUCAUCAAGGUCCCAAGCCUGAGGCUGCAAGUGGGAGCUCUCCAGCUUCUGUGUUUGUAAACUCGGAACCAAUUCGGGAGGACCAAGUCCAGAAUGCUAUGAAAUUUCUUUCACAUCCAAAAGUUAGGGGAUCUCCAGUCAUGUAUAGGCGUUCUUUUCUUGAGAGGAAGGGGCUUACAAAGGAGGAAAUUGACGAGGCCUUUCGUCGAGUUCCUGAUCCUACCCCAACUGUUACUAGCACACAGCCAGUUGCUGCUAAUGAAGAUGGGACACAGAAGCCUUCAUCGACUAGUACAUCACAGGCUGCUUUACAAAAUCUGCAGCCAGCGUCAGCUCCGAGCAAUAGCAUGAAAAAAAUGGGGUAUCUCUCUCAUUUCCAUUGGACUCAUGCAGUUAUUGCUGUAGGUCUACUCGCUGCUUCAGGAGCUGGAACAGCUGUACUUUUCAAGAAAUCUAUUAUUCCCCGGUUGAAGUCUUGGAUACGCAAGGUUGUAAUGGAUGAAGAAGAAGAUGAAAAAGGUAUUGUCAAGGGAAAACCAAGUUUAGCAGAAGAAGCUGCUGUUGCUGCAAAAGCUGCAGCAGCUGCUGCUGCUGAUGUUGCCCGAGCAAGCCAGGAGAUGUUGGCAUCAAAAUCCGAAGAGAAAAGGUAUUUUGAGGAGCUGACAAGCCUGCUAAACUAUCAAGUACGUGAGAUGAAAUCAAUGACAAGUGCUAUAGAGAAACUGGAAGGGCAAAGUACUACUUCUGGAAGAAUACCUGUUUCGGAACUAGAUGAUCGAAGAAUUUCAGUUACUCAAUCUAGGCAAUCUUAUGCCAAUGGAAAAGUAAAUGGUGAUGCACAUUCAGUGAGAUCUUUGUCACCACCUGCAUCUGUUGAACCAUCUGCUGCACCCCAUCCAAAGUCUUAUAUGGAGAUUAUGGCUAUGGUUCAAAGAGGAGAGAAGCCUCCCAACAUCCGAGAUAUAAAUGAUCAGCCACCAAAUCCUAACCAGCCUGUACCUGAUCGUGUUGCAGCAAAGCCUAAGCCUUGGGAAGUUGGCCAGAGUCAAAAUAAUUCCAAUUUCCUUCAAUCUCAAGGGAGUGGCGAUGGCUUGAAUUAUGGUUACCAAGACAAUCUGACGAAUGGAGACAAUUCAGCACCUUGGUGGCAACGCAAGAAUGCCAGGAUAACUGAAAUCGAAGCUGAAGGUGAACAAAACUUUGGAUCUCCAGCUGCACCAGUUCAGGAACGACCAAUUCAGAGAUCAUGGGUUCCUCCCCAGCCUCCUCCAGUCGCAAUGGCAGAGGCAGCUGCAGCCAUCCGCCAACCUAAAAAGUCUGCAUCUCAGAACGAACAGUUGACUGAUGAUCAGUUGUUAGCUCGUUCAUCAGAUGAGUUGCAGAGGGUUACAAGAAUCUCCGAAUCUGGUGGUGCCCCUGAAGCUAAUGGUUCGAGUUCUGGCCUACAGAUGAGUGAAACAACACCAAUUGAAGAAGGUGAUCAAACUUUCAGCAGCUGAAAUAUCAUUUAAUUUCCUUGAUAUAAAACGCUGGGCAUUCACUAUUGAGGUUCAUCACGAUCUUACAGCUACACGUUCUUGAUAAAUCGAGCCUCAUUUCGUGUUUACCCCCAAGUUACAUUUAUCAACUUUUUGGUAUAUGGUUGUCUAUUCAUUACACACUCUAAACUGGCUGCAGACUUAAGAAUUGUAUUUAUAUAAUUCUACAGUUUGAAUAAAGGUUAGAUUAUGUGAAUAACAUAAUUCAUGUUCAGUAA